GUCAACGGAAUCCCGUAGUGCGUCAUCAGACGUCUAUUCUCUGAGCGUGCUCUCUGAUUGGCUGCUGGAUGGAAAUCUCCCCGCCCACAACCCGCCAUGUAUGGAAACCUCUCUCUGACGUCAUGGGAACACUGAGCAGCCGGUAUAAAUGCUAGGAGGAGACGAGAGCGCGCGGACUGAGAGCUGGAGACCCGGAGGAGGAUGAGCACAGUCCAUCACACCUGAAGACCUGAACACAGCCAUCAUGACGUGCAUCCAUCCCCAGCACGGAGCUCAGCUCUAUGAGAACGCUGUCGGCAGCUCGGAGCUCCAGAGCUCAGACUUUCUGUCCAGGCUAGUCGUGGAUACCAGCGUCCCACAGGACCACCUCUCUGCUCCGCCCCUGCCAAGCAUCGGCUCCCUGGUGGACACCCACAUGGCCGACUUUGACUCGUAUUCGUGCCAGUUCACCGCGGCCCCCGCCCAAGUCCCGCCGCAGCCGGGCCAGGAGACCCCCCUCAAGCUGGAUGACUUCCAGGUCUACGGCUGCUACCCCGGAGCGCUCACGCUGAGCUACCUCGAUGAGGCCGUGUCCCCCGGUGGAUCAGAUUACUUUGGCAGCCCCGCAUCGGCCUCAUCUCCUUCGACCCCCCGCUUCCAGAGUCAGCCGGCGUCCAACUGGGAUUCGGCCUUCGGGCCGUACUCACCCAGUCCAGGAUACUGGGCUGCAGAGGACACCUCGGUGCCACAAGAGCCCUCUUUCUUCACCUUUGGUUCUGUGGAGGAUAUGUCUCAUUUGGGACACUUACGAGAGCCGGAUCCUUUCACGUUGACCCACCCUCACCCGUCCGCACUGAGCUUCCCCGCCGUGGCGAUGGAGCAGGCACGCAGCCUCGACGGCACCAACCAGCUGGAUGGGAGCUUCUCUCCCAAAUCAAAGAGUCCCGGUGGAAACGAGGGCUGCUGUGCCGUAUGUGGAGACAACGCCUCCUGUCAGCACUACGGGGUUCGCACCUGUGAGGGAUGCAAAGGCUUCUUCAAGCGUACAGUACAAAAAAAUUCCAAGUAUGUUUGCCUCGCCAACAAAGACUGUCCCGUGGACAAGAGGAGGCGGAACCGAUGCCAGUUCUGCCGUUUCCAGAAGUGUCUGGUCGUGGGCAUGGUGAGGGAAGUUGUGAGAACGGACAGCCUGAAAGGACGAAGAGGUCGCCUGCCUUCGAAGCCUAAAGUGGCCCAGCAGGACGUGACGACCGCGGUUUCUCCAGUGAGCAUGAUCGCUUCUCUUGUGAGAGCGCACAUCGACUCAAACCCCGGCGUUGGGAGACUGGAUUACUCCGAGUACGACGAGACAGAAGAAGUCAGUCCGAACCAGAAAGUGGACGCUAGUGACAUCAGACGGUUUUACGAGCUGCUCACGUCCUCCAUGGAGUCCAUCAGGAAGUGGGCCAAGAGCAUCCCGGGUUUCUCUGAGUUCUGCUCAGAAGACCAGGAACUGCUGCUGGAAUCUGCGUUUGUCGAACUCUUUAUCCUGCGUCUCGCAUAUCGUUCCAAUCCUGAAAUGGACAAGCUCAUCUUCUGCAACGGCGCCGUGCUUCACAAGACGCAGUGCGUCCGAGGCUUCGGGGACUGGAUCGACUCCAUCUUGGAGUUUUCUCAAAGUCUCCAUCGCAUGAAGCUCGACGUUUCCUCCUUCUCCUGCCUCACAGCCCUGGUCAUCAUCACCGACCGACACGGUCUGAAGGAGCCCAGACGUGUGGAGGACCUCCAGAACCAGCUCAUCACCUGCCUCAAAGAUCACAUCUCCGGCUGCGGCUCCGACUCGUUGCGGCCGAAUUAUUUGUCCAGACUUCUCGGGAAGCUGCCGGAGCUCCGGACUCUGUGCACUCAGGGCCUCCAGCGCAUCUUCUACCUUAAACUAGAAGAUCUGGUUCCUCCGCCACCGAUUGUGGAAAAAAUCUUCAUGGAUGCUCUUCCGUAUUGAGACCUGGAGUUCAUACGAGAGUCAAAGAGAACAGACUUCAGGUAGAAGAAGCAUCCAGAGGAAAAAGGGCUACUCAUGACUUAUGAAGGGAACGAGUUAUAGAACCUGGAGCCGUCACAGAAUGCUCUUCUCUGCAGACGGGCCGGCUCAUUGGACCAAACGGUGACUGUUUACAUGCAACAAGCUGCCACGAAGGGAAGACGGUUAGAUACAGAUCAUAUCUGCACCAGCAGGUCGAGUAAUGAGCACAAUCAUUUAGCUUCUUUUUAGUAACAAUCUUUUGACUGUAAAUUGUACAUAAAAUACCUGACAAAGCAUUAUUAUUAUUAUUAUUAUUAUUAUCUCCAGCUCAUCUUAUUAUAUAUUAUAUUUCUGUUUAGAUGAAAUACUCCAGAAUGUGUCCCACGUCCCAGUCAACACCAUAGACUGUAUAAGUACGAUAUAUAUAUACUUAUAUAUAAGUAAUAUAUAAAGAUGAACAACGCGUCUCCACUUCCUCCCACUGUACAAAAUUACCCACAAUUCAUAGCUUUGUUACGUUAAACCAUAAACUGAAUAUAAAGAUGGACGACGUGUCUCCUCCUGUCUGCGCAGUAGUGAUCGGGGGGGUGGAGCCGCAGAAUCAAAUAACUAAUUGAAACCAAACUGAUCAGAAAAAUGAACGACUGCUACCUAAAAUGACAGAAACAUGUAUUUCUUUAUUUAACCGGCUCUAUGAGCUGUACUGCAGCCGGCCAGCAGGGGGCCAUCCAGAUGUUCUGGCUUCACUUCAGUGGAGCCGGCAUGUCGUCCAUCUUUAUAUCCGGUCUGUGAUCCACACACAUCGAUAUCCACAGCAAGAGUCCCUCAGAACUCCAGAGUGCUUCGUAUCUAACGCCACCAUGUGUGUGUAUAUAUAUAUAUAUGUAUGUAUAUGUAUAUAUAUAUAUAUGUGUGUGUGUGUAUCUGGUGAUAAUAAAGUAGGUUAAACCUACAGAGUAAUUCAGUGGUAUUGUUCAUGUAUCAUGAACAGAUAUUGAGCAGCUAAUAUAUACUGUGUAUGGUCUUAUACACUGUACGGUCUUGUAUGUAGAUUAUUAUGAAUCUGCCGGUGUUGUUGCCACGGCAACUGUGUUCUGCAGUUUGAAGAAAAUGUAAUUUUGUUUUGGGUUAUUUUUACAUACUAAGAAGUUAUAUUUUACUGCAGCUAAACGUGAAAUAAAAUGUCAAACUGC